CCUUGGCUCCAGCCAGUGAAUGAGGCGGAGGAGUGAGGGCUUGAAGGAGGAGGGCGAGGAGGAGGAGGAGGAGACAGGGAGCAAGCCAGUGCCCAGGGUGAAUCAAUGGAAACCCACUCACGAAGCCGGGAAAACACUUCAGCCGCAGCCAAAUAGCAUUGAUUAUUUUCUUUCACUUCCCUCACCGCCGUGAAUUUAUUUAUUUUUCCAUCUCCGUCCCCGACGCCCCGGAGCGAGCGCUGAAGGGAGGGAGGAGGAGGGGCAAAAAAGGAAUCAACACAUCGGAGAAGUCCCUUCCAAGAGCCGCCCCCUCCCCUCCCCGCCUCGCGCUGCUUGGCGGCCGCGGUUCGACUCCCGUCCCUGCUUCCAGCUGAGGUGGUCCUGGCUGUCACGCUGAAAUGAACCCUCAGCAGUCCUCCGUCUACCAUGGCCACCCUUAACUCAGCCUCUCUCUGUGGUACCGCUCCUUCCCCUGGGCGCGAUGUCCCGUCCCCACCUCCAGAGACAUCUUCCUCCUCCUCUUCUGGCACCUCUGAUCCUGUCACCAAAGAUCCCCCUGAUGCCCCCUCCACCUCUGAAAGCGUAAGGUCCUCAGAGCCAGGGGGGAAGCUUCCGGAGUCAAGCUGUGGCCUCAUUCCACCAAAGGACACUGGAGAGCCCCAGGUGGAGCCUGGCUGUGGUCACAUCCCACCAAGGGACCUUGGGGUGGAAAAGGAGGAAGAGGAGGCAGGAACCCUUCCUUUGGACCUAAGCAACCACUUAUUCUUUGCAGCUGGAGGUAAGGCCUACCUACUGGCCAAGCUGCCCCUGCCAGGUGGCAGCGAACUCUUGUUACCAAAGGGCUUCCCCUGGGAUGAGGCAAGCACCAAGGAAGAGCCCGGCCUGCCCCGCCUUGCCCGCUUCCCCCGCUCACCCCUCACCAUCCUUCACAUCCAACAUGGCUUUGACCCAAUCCAAGGCUUUAGCUCUUCUGACCAAAUUUUGUCCCAUGAUACCUCAGCGCCAUCUCUGGCUGCCUGUGAGGGAAGGGAUGGAGCCUUCUGGAGCUACCAGCUGGUUCCAAACCCAACCGAAGAUCCCAAAGAUGGCCCCAUGGGGAGCCGACGGGGAGACCACAGGGCACUGUUCUGGAUCUGCCUUCCGUGCCGCCUGGGUUUUGGCAGGCUGCGGGCCUUUAUAGGGCACACACGUUCUCAUGGGGCGAAGCUCAGCCCUGCCCACCACCAGAGCCUGCUGGGCAGCCCAGCCAUACUUCAGGAGGGUGAUGAUGGCGGCGUGGCCUUCCUAAGCCUUCUGGAACCAAAACCUCUUACUCGCCCUUCUGAGGUACCUGAGGAACCCAACAGCAGCACAGUGACCAUGGAGGCAAGCAGAGGCCAGACUGAGCACGCCCUGCCAGAGGCAGACCAUCAGGCCCUUGUUCUCCCCUCUGAAGAGCUUAUGGCCCUCAGCCCACCAUCCCCACCCACAGCCCUAGCCACCUGGGACCCCAGCCCAACCCAAGCCAAAGAAUCGCCGGUAUCCAGAGGCGAGGCAGGGCCAGACUGGUUCCCCGAGGGCCAAGAAAUGGAUGGAGGGUUCUGCCUCCCUCUCAACCAAAGCUCACCCACCUCUAAGGAGGUGGCCAUGCUCCCAGCUCCAGCAGGCUCUCCUGAAGACACCAGUGACCCACCUCAGGCCUGUCGCCUGGUUGAUGACUACGCUCCAGCCCCUGCAGCCUUCCAGGGCCUCAGCCUGUCCAGCCACAUGUCUUUGCUACACUCACGCAAUUCCUGCAAGACUCUCAAAUGCCCCAAGUGCAACUGGCACUACAAGUACCAGCAGACCCUGGAUGUGCACAUGCGGGAGAAGCACCCCGAGAGCAACAGCCACUGCAGCUACUGCAGCGCCGGGGGUGCCCACCCCCGCCUCGCCCGCGGAGAGAGCUACAACUGCGGCUACAAGCCCUACCGCUGCGAUGUCUGCAAUUACUCUACCACCACCAAAGGCAACCUCAGCAUCCACAUGCAGUCCGACAAGCACCUGGCCAACCUGCAGGGCUUCCAGGCAGGGCCUGGUGGCCAGGGAAGUCCCCCAGAGGCAUCCCUCCCACCCCCCUCUGCUGGGGAUAAAGAGCCCAAGACCAAAUCAUCCUGGCAGUGCAAGGUGUGUAGCUACGAGACCAACAUCUCCCGCAACCUGCGUAUCCACAUGACUUCCGAGAAACACCUGCAGAACGUCCUGAUGCUGCAUCAGGGCCUGCCGCUCGGCCUGCCACCGGGGCUGGUGGGACCAGGACCUCCGCCCCCGCCGGGGGCUUCUCCCGCUAACCCUCCUGAACUCUUCCAGUACUUUGGGCCCCAAGCCCUAGGACAGCCUCAAACACCCAUGCCUGGGCCUGGGCUGAGGCCAGACAAGCCCCUUGAAGCCCAGCUGCUUCUCAAUGGUUUCCACCACCUGGGAGCACCCACCCGCAAGUUCCCCACAGCUGCCCCUGGCAGUCUCUCCCCUGACACCCAUCUGCCACCAAGUCAGCUCCUGGGCUCCUCGUCCGAUGGCCUGCCCACUUCGCCAUCCCCAGAUGACAGCCCACCCCUGAAGGUGUUCCGCUGCCUGGUGUGCCAGGCUUUCAGCACGGACAGCCUGGAGCUGCUGCUUUACCACUGCAGCAUUGGCCGGAGCCUCCCAGAGGCUGAGUGGAAGGAGGUAGCCGGCGACACCCACCGCUGCAAGCUCUGCUGCUACGGCACCCAGCUCAAGGCCAACUUCCAGCUCCACCUCAAGACGGACAAACAUACUCAGAAAUACCAGCUGGCGGCCCACCUUAGGGAGGGGGGUGGAGCCGUGGGCACCCCUUCCCCACUGUCCCUGGGGGACGGGGCUUCUUACGGCUCUGUCUCCCCGCUUCACCUGCGCUGCAACAUUUGUGACUUCGAGUCCAACAGCAAGGAGAAGAUGCAGCUACACGCCCGGGGGUCAGCCCAUGAAGAAAACAGCCAGAUCUAUAAGUUUCUGCUGGAAAUGGAGGGAGCAGAGGCAGGGCCAGAGCCGGGGCUUUACCGAUGCCUGUUGUGUGCCUGGGACACGCCCUCCCGCUUAGCCGUGCUACAACACCUACGCACACCCUCCCACCGCGAUGCCCAGGCCCAGAGGCGGCUGCAACUGCUACAGAAUGGCCCACCAGCCGAAGAAGGACUCUCAGCUCUUCAGGGCACCCUGAGCUUCAGCCGUGGGAGGCUCCGAACUCCCGGGAAGGCUCCUGACACCCCCUUAGCUCAGCCGCCCACCUCUGAGAAAGAUGGCCAGAACAAGACAGAACAACUGGCAUCUGAAGUGACAGAGGACAGAACUGGCCCUCCCAGAGACAGUGCCAACCAGAUCACGGUAUACUGCUGUCCAUAUUGCAGCUUCCUGAGCCCAGAGUCUGACCAGGUGAGGGUUCAUACAGUCUCCCAGCAUGCCGUGCAGCCCAAAUACAGGUGCCCGCUCUGCCAGGAGCAGCUGGUGGGCCGGCCUGCCCUGCACUUCCACCUCAGCCACCUGCACAACGUGGUGCCCGAGUGUGUGGAGAAGUUGCUGCUUGUGGCCACAACUGUAGAGAUGACCUUUGCAACCAAAAUGCUGCCUGGACCCACACUAAGCCCCGUGGAGGAUGGCCUAGAACACCCCAGCCCUGGACCAGAGCCCACUCCCAGCAGAGACCAGGUAGCAGAGAACGCUAACCUGACCCCGGAAGCCAGCCCAGUUCCUCCUCCUGAGCCUCCCUUGGCACCAGUGGAGGGCCCAGAGAAGCCAUCAGGAAGUCCUGGUCAGCCCUCCUCUCCAACUCCAUCUCCAGUCCCUCAGCUUGACGCCCAAGUUGAAGAAAUGGCUCCCCCACCCGCCAUGGCUGAAGAGGAAGAGGGAGCCAUGGGGGAGCCCCGCUCUGCAGAGCCAUCCGCAGCUGACUCUCGCCAUCCCCUAACCUAUCGGAAGACCACCAACUUCGCCCUGGACAAAUUUCUUGACCCUGCUCGGCCCUAUAAGUGUACUGUGUGUAAGGAGUCCUUCACCCAGAAGAAUAUCCUCUUGGUUCAUUAUAAUUCUGUCUCUCACCUUCAUAAGAUGAAGAAGGCUGCCAGCGACCCAUCUUGCCCCGCCCGAGGAGAGGCCGGCAUCCCAGCGCCCAGUACAGCUGCUUCAGACAAGCCCUUCAAGUGCACGGUCUGCCGAGUGUCCUACAACCAGAGCUCCACUCUGGAGAUUCACAUGCGAUCGGUUCUGCACCAGACUCGCUCCAGAGGGGCCAAGACGGAUGCCAAGGCCGAAGGACCAGAGCGAAGCCAAGAGGAGGUCAAGGAAGGCGAGACUGAGGGCGAGGUGGGCACUGAGAAGAAAGGCCCUGACCCCGCUGCCUUCAUGUCUGGACUGCCUUUCCUGUCCCCACCAGCCCCUCCCUUGGACCUACACCGAUUCCCAGCCCCUCUCUUCACCCCACCAGUCCUGCCCCCCUUCCCUCUGGUCCCAGAAUCACUACUUAAGCUCCAGCAACAGCAGCUGCUUCUGCCCUUCUACCUCCAUGACCUCAAGGUGGGGCCCAAGCUGGCACUGGCGAGCCCUACACCCAUGCUGUCGCUGCCAGCAGCCACCCCACCUCCUCUUCCUGCACCCCCGAAGGCUGAGCUGCCUGAGCAGGAGUGGGAACGGCCCCUCAUAGCUGAAGAGGGGAACGAAGCCGGGCCCUCUUCCCCACCCCACCCGUCACCCAACGAAGCCGCCCGCACAGCAGCCAAAGCCCUUCUGGAAAAUUUUGGCUUUGAGUUAGUAAUUCAGUACAAUGAAGGGAAGCAGGCAGUACCGCCUCCCCCGACACCUCCUCCCCCGGAGUCUCUGGGAGGCGGAGACAAGCUGGCCUGUGGGGCUUGUGGGAAACUCUUCUCCAACAUGCUCAUCCUCAAGACUCACGAGGAACACGUCCACCGCCGCUUUCUGCCCUUUGAGGCCCUGAGCCGUUACGCUGCUCAGUUCCGCAAGAGCUAUGACAGCCUCUACCCACCACCCCCAGCAGAGCCCCCCAAACCUCCAGAUGGGUCCCUGGAGUCACCUCCCCAGCUAGGCCCGCCAUUUGUGGUUCCAGAGCCUGAAGUAGGGGGGAUCCACACUUCCGAGGAGAGAAGCCUGGCAGGAGGACACUGGCCCGCAGAGGAAGAAGAAGGUUCUAGAGGGACUCUUCCUCCCACAGUGCCCGCAGCAGGCCGCCGGUUCUCCAGAACCAAGUUCACAGAGUUCCAGAGCCAAGCUCUGCAGUCUUUCUUUGAGACCAGUGCCUACCCCAAGGACGGAGAGGUGGAGCGGCUCGCCAAUCUCCUGGGGCUGGCUAGCCGUGUGGUGGUCGUGUGGUUCCAGAACGCGCGCCAGAAAGCCCGCAAAAAUGCCUGCGAGGGUGGGCCCGUGGCCUCCGGAGGAGCCCCUGGGGGAGCCUCUGGCUGUAGGCGCUGCCAUGCCACCUUCGCCUGUAUUUUUGAGUUAGUGAGGCACCUCAAGAAAUGCUAUGACGACCAGCCUCCUGAGGAAGAGGAGGAGGCAGAGAAGGCGGAAGAGGAAGAAGAGGUGGAGGAAGAGGAGUUGGAGGAACGAAACCCGGAACCGGCGGCGAGACAUAGUGGCCCAUCUCCAGAACAUGCAGAUGUGGAAGACUCGAGCCAACAGGCAGAGCCAACAAGGCCAGAAGGCAAAGAGUCUGAAGGGAAGGCGCCUCCCUCACCUCCAGUGCAUACCUGUGACCAGUGUGCCAUUUCUUUCCCCAGCCAGGACCUCCUGUCCGCUCACCACCGACUACACUUCCUGCCGCCGUCCGUGCAGCCCAGUGCUCCGUCACAGCUACUAGAUCUUCCUUUGCUGGUGUUUGGGGAGCGAACCCCUGCAGUAUCCGGCACCUCAUCAGGGACACCCCUCAAGCGCAAGCACGAUGACGGCAGUCUGUCUCCCACGGGCAGUGAAGCAGGCGGAGGAGGGGACGGGGAACCCCCAAAAGACAAGCGCCUGCGCACUACCAUCCUACCCGAGCAGCUGGAGAUCCUGUACCGCUGGUACAUGCAGGACUCUAACCCCACUCGUAAGAUGCUCGACUGCAUCUCAGAAGAAGUGGGGCUCAAAAAGCGAGUGGUACAGGUCUGGUUCCAGAAUACCAGAGCCCGGGAGAGGAAAGGUCAGUUUCGAAGCACCCCGGGAGGAGUAGCUGGUCCCGCAGUCAAACCCACUGUUAACGCCGCCCCAGCACCCUUCCCCAAAUUCAACCUCCUGUUGAGCAAGAUGGAAGACGAGACUGGGAAGGAAACUCCAAAGAGAGAAGCACCAGCUUUUCCCUACCCCGCAGUCACCCCUGCUGCCGGGCCUCUGCCGUCCCUACAGCCUGGGAAAGAGGCCACUGCGCCCCCGCCAGAGCCCCCUCUACCCCUCCCACCUCCCGCACUCAGUGAGGAUGAGGGCCCGGAAGAGCCCCCCAAAGCGUCUCCAGAAAGUGAGGCUUGCAGUCCAUCCGCAGGAGACCUAAGUGAUUCAUCCGCUUCCAGCCUGGCCGAACCAGAGUCCCCUGGGGCUGGAGGGACCAGUGGGGGACCAGGAGGUGGGACUGGAGUUCCAGAUGGAAUGGGGCAGCGGCGAUACAGGACCCAGAUGAGCAGCCUGCAGCUGAAGAUCAUGAAAGCCUGCUAUGAAGCUUACCGCACCCCUACUAUGCAGGAGUGUGAGGUGCUGGGGGAGGAGAUCGGGCUGCCCAAGAGAGUCAUUCAGGUCUGGUUCCAAAAUGCUCGUGCCAAGGAAAAGAAAGCCAAACUGCAGGGAGCAGCAAUCGCAGGGAGUGGGAGCAGCAGCGAGGGCGCCUUGGCAGCCCAGCGCACCGACUGUCCCUACUGUGACGUCAAGUAUGACUUCUAUGUCUCCUGUCGAGGCCACCUCUUCUCUCGGCAGCACCUGGCCAAGCUCAAGGAGGCAGUGCGAGCCCAACUGAAGAGUGAAAGCAAAUGCUAUGACUUAGCUCCAGCACCCGAGGCCCCCCCACUGGCUCCCAAAGGGCCACCUGCCACCACACCUGCCUCUGUGCCCUUGGGGGCUUCCCCAACCCUGCCACGCCUGGCUCCAGUCCUCUUGCCUGGCCCAACUCUGGCCCAGCCACCACUUGGAAGCAUAGCUUCUUUCAAUUCAGGCACUGCUGCCUCUUCAGGCCUCCUUGGCCUUGCCACUUCAGUCCUACCUGCUACCACAGUGGUCCAGACUGCUGGUCCAGGCCGCCCCUUACCUCAGAGACCUGCCUCCAACCAAACCAACAGCUCUACUGACCCAACCCCUGGCCCAGCUACUGAGCCCUCAGGAGACAAAGUCUCUGGGGAGAGAAAGCCAGUGGCAACCCUUACCAACUCCUCCACUGAUGCCCUCAAGAACCUGAAAGCGUUGAAGGCCACUGUCCCAGCCCUGUUGGGGGGCCAAUUCCUGCCGUUCCCAUUGCCCCCCACAGGCGGGGCAGCACCACCAGCUGUCUUUGGCCCUCAGUUACAGGGGGCAUACUUCCAACAGCUUUACGGCAUGAAGAAGGGGCUAUUUCCCAUGAACCCCGUGAUACCUCAGACCCUCAUUGGGCUGCUCCCCAAUACCCUCCUCCAGCAACCCCCCCAAGCCCCUGAGCCUACAGCCACAGCCCCUCCAAAGCCUCCUGAGCUUUCGGCUCCAGAGGAAGGGGAAAGCAGUGAAGCUGACGAGCUGCUGACAGGCAGCGCCGGCAUCUCCACCGUGGACGUUACUCACCGCUACUUGUGCCGCCAGUGCAAGAUGGCAUUUGAUGGCGAGGCCCCAGCUGCUGCCCACCAGAGAUCCUUCUGCUUCUUUGGGCGGGGCUCUGGGGCCUCCAUGCCCGCCCCAUUGAGGGUGCCUAUCUGCACCUACCACUGCCUGGCCUGUGAGGUGCUGCUGAGUGGGCGUGAAGCCCUAGCCUCCCACCUGCGCUCCUCAGCCCACAGGCGCAAGGCAGCCCCACCCCCAGGCGGCCCUCCCAUCACCGUUACCAACAGCGCCACUGCUGUCCCGGCUGCUGUGGCUUUUGCCAAAGAGGAAGCAAGAUUACCUCACACGGACCCCAACCCAAAAACUACUACUACCUCUACACUUCUAGCUUUAUAAACAGAUAAACCAAGAUGGGGAGAAGAGAGGGCCUCAGGGUUCCCUCACACCCCAAGGGGUGGUUGGUGGAAACUCAGAUCCCUCACCCCAAUCUUCAGCUCUGCCCACCUCAUGGGAGUCUGUCAAUUCCCACCCUCAGUGGGCUUUACAUGCCCCACCUCCAGCAGAGUCCUGCCUCCUCCCCAUCCCACAGACACUGACCCUCACUCUCAGCCCCUUUCAGAUGCACCCCCACGUUGACAUACGUGUCUGCUUCCUUCUCUCUCCCUCCCCCUCCCCCAUUGAAUCCCCAGCCCUCUUUCCCUGUAAACACAUACCUUUUUCAUACUGUUAUACUGACUGAGAAAACGCCAAAAGAAAGAAGAAAAAUGAAAGAAAACCCAAGACAAAAGGGGGGGUGGAAAAUCAACUUUGCCACCCCCACUUCUUCCUGCCCCCUUGUCCAGAGCACAGAUAGCUCACAAACUCCAAAAACCCAUUUGGUUCCUAAGAUUGGAGCCUGGGAUGGGCAGGGAGCCCAUAAAAGUAACCAAACUGGAGGCUGCCAGGGGGAGAUGCCCCUGUUCACUCCCCGACUCCCCUCCCUCUUAACCCUCUCCUUACCUGAUUGUGGGGGACCCUUGCAGCCUGGACUCCUGGGGAAGCCGCUGCCAGGAACCCCUGUACCAGCCCUCACCCCAUACCCUGGAAACUGCAGUAACUUUUUCUCAAAGGCUUUAAACACACAGGCCCUCUCAGCAGCUGUGGGUCUGCCCCUGGUCUAGCCCUGCCAAGGGCGGUCCAGCCUCUGGGGAUCAGCACUGCCCACUAAUGGCAAAUCCAAAGUUCUUUUAAAAAGAAACACACCAAAUAAACAAGAGCAAGAGAGAGUGUGCACAUACAUGAAAGAGAUGGAGAGACCAGAGGAAUGAAGUAAAGAAAAACAUACACUGAAUACACAGAGAGAGAAAAGAAAACUCCCAUCAGACAAGUGGGUUUUGUUUCGUUUUUGUUUUGUUUUACUGUCUGUGACCCCCCCAC